AGGGCAGGGAUCUGGGAUCAUUUAUGCUAGGCACACACCAGAGGUGGGUCUUCUCCAGCUUUUUGCAGGCUGUGUCUUGUUGAGCAUUAAAUUGCAAAGAAAACAAGGUCUGAGAUCUCCAUCAAGAUUGAUUACUGUCUUAAGAGCUGAUAUACUGAAGUGCAUCAGAAACACUGUCUCUUACUGCAGAGGGAAGAGAGUGGACGAAUCUGAAUAUAUAUAUUCCACUACACAUACCAAAAAGAGAGAGAAGGCGGCAGAAAUGGCAUAUGUGAGAAAAAAGUUUAUUGAGAUUCUGGAAAAGGUCCAAAAAGAAGGAGAGCAGAUGACACCAGAGGAGAUGCUCUUUACUCAUGAAGGAAUUGUAUACCCAACUGUCUUUUGCAACCCAGAGCAGUUCAAAGCUUUGGAGGCCUUCCAAGCUAGGAGUGAUGAUGUACUUCUAGCAGGUUACUGCAAAUCUGGUACCAACUGGGUUGGCCAGAUUGUUACUGAUUUAGUAAUAACUUCUGCAAAGAAAUAUGAACCAGAGAAGUUGAAUGAAAAACUUCUCCUAGCAGAAUUUCCCUAUCUUGAAAUAGGAGAUACCGAGAAAUAUAAGAGGAUGGAUACUUAUCCUUCCAGGAGAGUGAUGUUCAGUCAUCUCCGUCCUGAUAGAUUCCCACCAUCUAUUUUCACGAACAAAGCCAAAGUACUGCUGCUGAUUCGAAAUCCAAAAGAUGUUGCUGCAUCUUUUUUCCAUUUUUCAAACAACUUCAGUCCUUAUCCUCCCUAUGAUACAUUUGAAGAGUUCUUCCGAGCUUUAAUGAUAGGAAAAAUGCCCUGGGGAUCCUAUAUAGAAUAUCUUUGUACAUGGAACAAGUAUAUUGAUAAAGAAAAUGUCCUGCCAAUAACAUAUGAAGAGAUAAAAGAGAACCCAGCUUUAGGAGCCAAAAAGAUUUCCACAUUUCUUGAAUUGAACUUAAAUGAGGAAGACUUUCAGGGUGUUGCAGAAAGGAGCACAUUCAAGGUGAUGAAAGAAAAAUCUAAAACAACCCACGGAGAAUUUGGUGAAAUUCUUUUCCGGAAAGGUGGAAUAAGUGACUGGAAAACACUUUUUAGUGAAGCAAACAACAAGGAGAUGGACACCGUAUUUAAAGAGCGCUUAGAAGGAACCAAAGUGGGAAAAUUGAUAAACUAUGAUCGUUACUGCAAGACAUGAAGAUCCAGGAAAAAAGCUAAUCAUUCUAAAACAAUUCCAUUCUCAGAAACAAGACCUUCUAUUUACUUGUAAUAAAUGUAUGAGUUUUAUGUAAUCUCUGUAUGAAAGUGGAAUAGAAAUUAUUUUAAGAAGUUUCUGGCAAAAUUUCUAUAAAUUUCUAAGCUAUAAAUGGCUAAAUUGCAUUACUUAAUCCUGCUGAUAUUAUAUUCAUUUUUAUUCAGAUUUAUGAAGAAAUAUUUUAGAAAUAUAAGACAAAUGCAUAGUUGUUAGAAAGAAAUCUAAAAUGUGACCUUUUAUUGUACAGAAAUCAACAAGCUCUUAAUCGUACCAAUUCUUCGAGCACACAUAUAUGUUUGUGUGUGUUUAUUCCCCAAUAUACAUAUACACAGAUUUACAUACAUAUUACUAAAUACUGAAAUCAAUUUGAGAUGUAAUUAUGUAUUGUUCAUUGAAAUCUUAAUCAUAAAUCCUAACAGAAAAUUAGUUGAUUGCCUGCUGCCAAUCUGAAUGAUUGCUAGUAACAGGAAAUUCACACCUACUGUGUACACCAACACAGGUAGAGAGAAAAGAAGGGAAGCCACCAGUAGUCACAAAUGAUGAUCAUGUGAUGUUGCACAUAAUAGUUGCGCAGAAUUCAUUUAACAGUGGCAACCAGAAUUGCCGCAACUAUUAUCAUAAAUCAAUCCACCUGUAUGACAACACGUUUACAACUGUGUCACUUAGUAAUAGAUAGAUAGAAUUCUUUAUUGGCCAAGUGUGAUUGGACACACAAGGAAUUUGUCUUUGGUGCAUAAACUCUCAGUGUACUUAGUGUAAUAAGAAUUAGAAUAGAAUUUAGAAUAGAAUUUUAUUUUUAUUGGCCAAGUGUGAUUGGACCCAGUUGCUGAUCCCAAUUACUGUACUUAAGCAAGGACUAUUGUACAAAGGUUUGAUCUAAACACACAAAUAAAGUUUGUUAAACCUAAAUAUGUCAGAUGUAAAAAAAGAUUUUAAUGUUUCUGCGGAAAGCAGACUGUUGCAGAAGGAAAACAAAUAUACAUGUAAUAGACAUCCUAACUAUAUUAAUUUGACUCUUAAUUUUAAUUUCUCCCAUUUUUUCUUUUUUAAAAAACUUUUUUUAAUUUACAAAUAUAUUAAAGAUUUUUAAAAGAAAAACUAAAACUAAUAUAAGGUAAGAAAAAGAAAGGAAAAAUUAGAAAGAUAAAAGUGCAAGAGAAGAAAAAAGAAAAAGAAAAAUAGAAAAGAAAGAAAAAGAUACAAAAAGUUAAGAGUAGCUUCUGAUCUUCUUCACAAAAGUUAUAAGUACAAUUAUAAGUAAACAGUUAUAAAUUAAAACAUAGGCUCUUCAUAAGUUCAUUUUUUUUCUGUUUCAUGCAAAAAGUCUAUAAGAGGUUUCCAGUCAGCAAUAAAUAUUGUCUUUUUUCUGAUCAAGGAAAUCCCUUCUUCUCUUUUCUGGAUAUUUUUUUAUGAGAUGUAAUGGAAGGGAAUGUGAAACACAGACAUUGCCUCCAAUUUUUGUUAAAUAAUAUUAGUAUUGUUUUGUUAAUCCAGCCACCUGGGUAUAUGAGAAGCUAAUUCCACACAAAUUCCUUUCUCUGUAGUGUAUUAUUUGUGCAAUAUCUGGAUAAUGUAAAAGACUGAAAACUGCUUCCGUUUCAUGAACAGUAAUGGGAAACUAGCAAACCAAGGAGCAAGAUAAGAUUCUUGCAGUGGAGAAUUUUGAGUUUAAGGGUAGGGGAAAGCGUGGGAAAAAAGCCCAGAGUAACUCUGGUAAGGACACCAGGUAUAAUAUUGUAUGAAAGAAUUAUUGUGGUAGGCUUUUAAGAUUAAUGUCAAGCUGUAGGAGAAUGGCAAAGUCAGAAAACGAGAACCAAAGUAAAGUAAAUUAUAGCAAAUAAUUUGUAGAGGAUUUUUAGCCUGCAGGAUGCAAGGCUGAAGGCAGAGAGAUUGCCUUGAAGGAAAUAUUCAGGGGAAAUAUUUGAAGUCCAAGAACAUUCCUUCCAGUAGAACAUGGUAUUGGAAGCAGUUCAGGCUGGUUUAAUGAGAUAAGAGAAGGUAAAGCAAAAGUAGAAUGGCAAGAUUCUGUUAUUAUCACCUAUCUCAAUAAAGUAUAAUUAUAAUCUU